AUGGUGUUGGAAGAGGAGGACGAGGAGGUCCAGGCGCGACCGACGAACGUGGACCCGCCGUCGACCCGUACGGUCCCCCGAAACACCACCGUCCCGACUUACGCGACGCCGGGAAAACCCAGUACUGCUGUUCCCACUCCCGCCACUCACACGGCCCCACCACCACCACCCUUCGUGACUCCCGCCGCACGCGGCGUCGCGUCGGACCUUCACGAGACGACACCCUUGCUGACCGUCGUCCCACCGAUCGACCCGCCCUUGCUCGAUCCGAGACUGCCGGAAUCCUCCCGGGACGGGGCCAAUCCGGAAACCGACGCAAGUGUUGAUAGUGACACGUCGGCGCCUAAGCAAGUCCGUUUCGAUGCGCACGUUUCGCCUGCACCAGCCGAAGCGGCGCGUACCGGAUUGGUCUCGCGACGGGGAGGUCGCAUGGCGUCGCCCGCGAGACGACGGCCCAUUCCACCCUCGUCCACUGGUGCCGACGCGGCGGGAGCUGCCGGCUCUCCGUCGACCGUGUCGUCGCCCCUCGCCGCCACAGUCCUAGAGUAUCAAACCUUUCGCAGCCCCUCCCGCAAAAAUGACGAAGUCCCGUCACUGUGCUCCAUCCAUAGUGGUGGGGGACCGUUGGGCAACCGCACGGAAUCCUUUCCCAAUCACCAAGACAAGGCACCGGCAGAUUCCAUUUCUUGUGAUCCUUCGGAAGAAAAUACUACCAGCCCCUUGGCAACCGACUCGCGGAAAGACAGUGUCUCGUUUUCGCCCAAAAUGAACGACGAAACGACUGCCGCGGAUCACCGCUCGACCACGCCCACCGAUUUCAGCGUACAGCGACUGCCCAAGUUGGAUACCGACGCUUCGCAGCCCACCAAGACCCCAAGUGUCUUUCUGUCACCCAGCCCGUCCUCGCGGCCGUUACCCGAAGCUUCCUCAUUCGAAGAGAACAAGGGCAGCCACGCAGCUGUCGAAGGAGGUGGUGACGCCAAGCCGUCACCGCGUCACGAACGCAAUUUGGCUACCCCCACCGACUUUGCCUGGGAUUACGGUCGGGGACCACCAACGUCGACCGGCUCCUUCGACCACUCCAACGUGCUAGCGUGGUUGCAGUCUCCCACCGCCAAUGGAUUCUUUUCACCGGGCGGAUACGGCUCAAUUGUAAAUACGCCACAUACCGGAAUCCCGCGGACUCCCGGGACGCCCACCGUCAGUACGAGCUUUUUCUUUACGGACGUCGCUACCCUGCCACGAGGCAACGAUCUGACGCCCCGUAACGGUGAUGGCGGCGAAACACCCGUGAGGGACGGUUCACGGCGCUCGGCCUCCCACGGUAUUUCGAGCAUUAUCUGUAUUUCCCCGUUGGCCUCAGCCAAGGUACGGGGAUCAACCACGAGCACGCCCAUGAAUUUGAAAGAUGUCUUUGCCUCACCCCGAGAAAAGUCCAGAAUGCGGGGACUGCCGUUACUGAACGAUACCCCGGCGAAGCGGCAACAGUUACGCGUUCCCCGGAGAAGCUCCAGUAAGGAUCCCAGCGUGGAUGCGGUACAUUUGGCGGAACGUGAUUUGAUGGAAGACGAAGAUUUGAGUGUGCUGUUGCAACUGGCGUCCAACACGCCACAACACCGAGAACCAGACGGUGCGCACGGGAAUGGAGUCGAUCCGGUCUUUCGGUCGCCUGACUACCGCAAGAAUAUUGGGGACGACGAAAGUGGUGAGAACCUUCCAACACUACAGCUGCCAAUGAUUGGUAACGGGCGGCACGACGAGUUACUGUCAAGCAGACUGGCACAAAAGUCGCGAUCUAGAGACCUCGGUGACGCCGACGACUUUGCUCCUCCUCCUCAUCUCGGAAUGCGGUCAACCUCUUCCAGCGGAUCAAAAGAGGCUUAUGCAAAAGUGUUGAGUCUACCCAAUAGGAGCGGAAGCGGCAAGGUCAACAAAAGUGAAGGUCAAGCCGCCUCGAAUCAAUACCCGACGCAUCCAUCGUACCCUCAACCGAUUUCCAGCCAGGAUCAUUCUUCCUAUUACUCAAUGCCCCACGGAGUCCCCUCAGGUCCUUCGGGUAGUAUGCGUAUCAGCAUGGGUGGACCUCCACCUACAGCAGCUGGAAAAGGAUCACCGUCUCGUCCACAUGGAGGAAGGUCGCCUCACGAUGCGCCGCAUCCGUAUCACGACUACUCGACACACAAUGGAAUGCAAUACCCUUCUCAACAUCCCAUGUAUUCGCAAUACGCGCCGUACGGUACAUAUCCUUAUGCAUAUCCGCCUCUGAGGCAAAUGCCAAUGUACAGUGCGCAGCAUCCGUCAGCGGGACCCACAACGCCGCUCAAGAAGAGUGUGGUCAAAAUGAAAUCUGGCACCAAGAGACCUUUGACGGAGAAGCUAGCACUGGGCUCAGCAAAGAAACAAAGAAAAUCUCCGAGCGCCAGCGCAAAGAAGAAAAACAAGUCGCCACAAAUUACCGACAAGGCGGAGCUGCAAAAAGCUGCUGACGCCAUUCGAGCGGUGAAUGCAGCGAGCGGAGGAAAGAACGACAAGGCGGCGGCCUUGGCAGCAGCUAUUUUGCGUGGUGUCACAAUGCGACCUUCAGGAAAAUGGCAAGCGCAACUGUACUUUUCCGGCAAGUCGCGGUAUAUCGGGGUGUUUGAUACACGAGAAAAAGCGGCGUUGGCGUACGAGAUUGCCCGAGAGAAACUCAAGGCGGGAGGCGGUGAAGGGGCCGGUAGUCAGAGUCCGAAAACAACCGAAAACUUGGUGAACACAGCUCGAAAGGCAGCCUUUGAUGGUGUCAAUGAAAAGCUUGCCAAGUAG